AUGAAUUCAGGACGUCUUAUACAUUACCUUGAUGACUUCCUUGGCGGAGAGAAAGGGUACGAGUCUUGUAAAAGCCUAAUGCUAUUAUUCGAAACAAUCAUGAAAGAGCUAGGCGUUCCAUUGGCAGACGAAAAAACGGAAGGUCCCUUAAAGGUCAUUGUUUUCUUGGGCUUAGAACUUGAUUUGGAUAAAAUGGAGAUCCGAAUACCGAUCGUAAAAAUUGAUGAAGUCAUUCAAAAAAUUGAAUUCAUUUUGUCAAAGAAUUUCGUUACUCUUAGAGAAAUGCAGUCGCUUAUAGGAUCAUUAAAUUUUUGCUGUCGUGCGAUAGUUGUUCGAAGACCAUUUUGCCGACGUCUUAUUAAUUCAACUUGUGGCGUUAAGCGCCCAUUCCAUCAUGUCCGACUGAACAAGGGAAUAAAAUUAGAUCUGGAAAUGUGGCUUAGAUAUUUUAGAAACUGUAACGGAAUUUCAGUCUUUCAUGAUCGGUUUUGGUUAUCCAAGGAUGACGAACAGUUGUACACAGACAGCUCUGGGGGCAUUGGUUUUGGUAUCUGGUUUAAGGGACAUUGGUGUCACGCAAGAUGGCCUGUUGCAUGGCAUAGUAAUGGUUUAACAAGGGACAUAACCGUAUUAGAGCUUUUCCCAAUUGUUACAGCUAUUUGUAUUUGGGGCGAGCAGCUACGAAAUAAGAAGAUACGGUUUCACUGUGAUAACCAGGCCGUAGUACAUAUAUUGAACACGAUGUCUUCCAAGUCCUCACAGGUUAUGACAUUAAUUAGGGUACUUACAUUACAGUGUCUGCGCUUUAAUUGCUUGUUGAGAGCUUCUCAUAUAGCCGGGGCAAAAAAUGAAAUAAGCGACGCAUUAUCUCGUUUUCAGCUCACCCGGUUCAAAACGUUAGCACCAGAGGCCGAUUCGUCUCCGACACCAAUACCAGACUAUCUUUGGGAUAUCUUCAAAGCAGAUGUAAGCACUUGGUUCGAGCAGGAAUAG